AUGGAAGACGUUCAACCAACUGUAGCCAAACAUCAUCAAUCAUCUUCAUCAUUAAUUAUCUCAUCUGUACAGAAUUGCUCUCUAACUCAAGAUGAAGAAGAUAAUUCUCAAAUACAAGUCGACAGAAACAACAAAUCACACAAUACAACAAAUGAAGACUCCUUUUUGACAACAUGGACCAAAUCAGAUUUUGAUAAGUAUCUAACUGAACUUUCACAAAUAUUUGAAGGGCAAUCUUCUCAGACUGAUACAUCAAUGGAAUUUUUAAGCAUGUUUAAUGAUAUUGAAACAGAUAAUGAACAGGUUUACUCAGUUGAAGAUCUCAUCAACACAAGUGAUCAAAUAUCAACAGCGAUCUCGUCAACAUCUGCGCAAAAUGAAGAACUAACUGGUACUGUCGACGAAUAUCAAGUGAGAUCAUUAAAUUCUUUAUCUUCACCGUCAAUUACAACAGAUACAAUAACAUCAGAAAUGUCCAUAAAGAACAAUUUGAAGAAAAGAAAAAGAGACCUAAUCAAAAAUCGCAAGAAAACCCUUGUUGUAACAGGAUUACGUGCUGAUAUAAAUCAAGCUGAUCUAUCUAAUUAUUUUCUUGGAUCUGUUCAAGUCAUAAUGAAACAAUGUCAAACAUCGUCUUUCAAAUAUGCGUUUAUUUUACAUGGAACAGCCGAGGAAGCUAAACACAAUUUUAAUCAACCUAUUGAUUAUAUUCGUCUUGGUCCGGAAUGUCUUGUCAAAUAUGCCGGUUAUUCUUCCCCCCUUCCUGUGAAUCAUCAAUCGUACGAUAAACAAACAAUUGCUGUUACAAAUAUACCAGAAAAUGUCAGCGAAGAUGAUUUGCGUCAUUUAUUUCCCAACUCGCGUAUAUUAAAUUAUUGUCCAGUACGGACUGUUGAGCGUAAAACCGUCCCCACUGGAAGUUCCAACAAAAUGAAGAUUUUAUGGGGAUAUGCGUUUCUUCAUUAUAACACUGUUCAACAAGUUGCCGAUGUUAUCGAAAAUGCUCAACAAUACAAGAUCAAUGAUCGAACAUUAUGUGUUGCUUUUUAUUCUAAGAACAAUCAAUUACAAUCAAUUACAAAAUAA